ACGCAGUCUGAUAGUUUAUAUAUCAAUGAUGAAAUAUUAACAUUGCAACACAUGCCAAUAUGGCCGGUUUAGUUUACUAAAUUGCAAUUUUAAAUUUCCCGCGAAGCAUCCUGUUUAAAACGUCGCAGAAUGAUGACGAGUGCGCGUAACAUCACCGGUUGUAGCGGACAUGUUCUUCCAGCCCGAUCCAAGCUAUAAGUGGUCUGCUUUAAUCGCAUAAUUACACAGUAUUCUGGACAUCUGUGUUGCUGAAUGUUUUGCAAUUUGUUCACUUAAUACUGGAGACGUCAAAGAAGAAAAAUGUAGGUGGGAAGCGGUGUAUUGCAGCUGCCUUUAGCAACAAAUACACAGUCGGUGUUUCCUUGUUUACAUUCCCGAAGGUGAAGCUUUACUAUGGAACAGAGCGGUCAAGCGAACAUGGUUCAAGACCACAUGUCAACCGGCAGGUUUCGGUGAGAAGUUAGUGCUAAUAAGUCAGCUCUUACCGUAGACAUGAGCGGAGCUUGCGUCCUCCUGCAGCUGCGGACUAUUACCUCCUCCCACCGGAGACACUGGCGGUCACCACACCCGUGGCCACACCCCUCCGACUUUCAGGUACCAUAUCAUCUCACUAAAACACUAGUAACACAAUAAGCAGAUAAGGGAUAUUCCAGAAUUAUCCUAGUAAAUGUGUUUAAUAACAUCUGAAUCAAUCAAUCAAUGUUUACUUAUAUAGCCCUAAAUCCCUAGUGUCUCAAAGGGCUGCACAAACCACAACACAAACCACAACACAAACCACUACGACAUCCUCGGUAGGCCCACAUAAGGGCAAGGAAAACUCACACCCAGUGGGACGUCGGUGACAAUGAUGACUAUGAGAACCUUGGAGAGGACGAAAGCAAUGGAUGUCGAGCGGGUCUAACAUGAUACUGUGAAAGUUCAAUCCAUAAUGGAUCCAACACAGCCGCGAGAGUCCAGUCCAAAGUGGAUCCAACACAGCAUCGAGAGUCCCAGAAUCGCUCCCACUGCCCUCACUUUUUUUUUUCUUUCUAGUCCUUCACUCUCACUAUCCUCAUCCACGAAUCUUUCAUCCUCGCUUAAAUUAAUGGGGAAAUCGUCACUUUCUCGGUUCGAAUCGCUCUCGCUGCUGGUGGCCGUGAUUGUAAACAAUGUGAGGAUGUGAGGAACUCUACAACCCGUGACGUCACUCUCACAUCGUCUGCUACUUCCGGCACAGGCAAGGCUUUUUUUUAUUAGCGACCAAAAGAUGCGAACUUUAUCGUGGAUGUUCUCUACUAAAUCUUUUCAGCAAAAAUAUGGCAAUAUCGCGAAAUGAUCAAGUAUGACACAUAGAAUGGACCUGCUAUCCCCGUUUGAAUAAGAAAAUCUCAUUCCAGUAGGCCUUUAAAUGCAUCAUGAAAUGAAGUAACAACUCUUGUUUGUCAUUACAGUUUUGGGAAAAUAAAUAUGUCAUCGUACUUUAUGACGUUGCCAUUCUGUCAUUACACCAACACGACACGCCGGGGCGCUAUGUGAUCAACGUGAGUCAUUUUAACAAACGAAGAAGAAAGAUCGUCCCGACUGUUUCCAGGGAGACCAUUGAAAAUCGGUAAUUAACUGGGAAAAGACGCCUGAGAUGUCGGUUUUAGUUUAUUGGGUCUACAGGAGAUUUAGUAAUGUUUUGCAGUACUUAGGUCUGUACAAAAAGAGGGGCAAGUUGGUCUUCCUGGGCCUGGACAAUGCUGGCAAAACUACUUUACUGCACAUGUUGAAGAACAACCAUCUUUGCCAGCAUGUUCCCACGCAGCAUCCAACGUCUGAAGAGCUGACGAUUGGCGGCAUGAAGUUUACCACUUUCGAUCUGGGAGGACACGUGCAAGCUCGGCGAUUGUGGAGGAACUACCUGCCCGCCGUGAACGCGGUGGUCUUCAUAGUGGACUGCGCCGACCACAGCAGGCUAGAAGAGUCCAAGACGGAGCUGGAUGCCCUGCUGGCAGACGACACCAUCGCCAACCUGCCCGUGAUGGUGCUGGGGAACAAAAUCGAUCGUCCGGAGGCCAUCGGCGAAGCCUGCAUGCGAAGGGUUUUCACACUGGACGGAAAAGUCACCGGAAAGGGGAGUGUGAAAAUUAAGGAGUGCAACGUGCGACCAUUAGAGGUGUUCAUGUGCAGCGUGCUGAAGAGACAAGGCUACGGCGAUGGAUUCAGGUGGUUGUCGCAGUACAUGGACUGACCACUCGGCAGUUCUUGGACUAUUUGCAACAAUACACUUCAUCACGAUUCAAAUAUUUAAAAAAAAAAAAAGGUGGUUUUUUUCUGCAAAACACCUGACACAACAUUAGUUACACAAUCUAAUGCAGGGGUCCCCAAACUACGGCCCGCGGGCCGGAUCCGGCCCACUUGAGUCCAAAAUCCAGCCCGCAGGAAGUCCCAAGUUAAAAAA